UAACAAUUCUGGCGCGUUUUAUGAUUAGUGAGACAUUAAAACGCAAGUUCUUACUUAAAACUGAUGAACUUGUGGCUUUCCUUUUUUAUUUAAUGUGUUAUUUCGUCUGUGUGCAUAUGUGGAUUAUUUAUUAACUUUGAUACGCGAUUGUCAGUCGAAAUCAUAGCAUCACACCGACGACAUUGGGAAGAUUUUUUUUUGUGUGCACGUCACAAUGCGGAUCACAUGGAAGACACCGAAAAGUAUUGUAUUGAGUAUCGGACAAAGCCUUAACGCACUUGAAUGUGCGCGUUUAUUGAAGAGAGAACAUGUCAAAACAGCUUGAUCUUGAAAUCGGACAUAAACUACACAGCGAAUUAAUGUAACAUGUCAUUAGUGCGAUGUUGAGAGCUACAACGUUACACUAGGGAGAAAUACUGUUUGAUAUUGAAGAGCAUACGAAUAAAGGAAGUAUUGAAAUCACUAUCAUCUGAUAAAGGAAGUAUUGAAAUCACUAUCAUCUGAAGCUAACCUAUUGUUUUGCUAUAAGGACAGAAACAGAGUGAAAAAAAAUAUGUGAAAUAAACAUGGAUAAUUUCGAUUGUCAUAAUCACUCCAAUUAACGUCGACGUUGAAACAGAUGUGCAUAAUAUUAAACAGUGUGUCUAACUUCACUUUGUGAGAUAAUGUUGGUUGCAAAAACAUAUGUACGCGGAGAUAAUGUGUCGCUGGAAGUAAAAUUAAAAAAAACACAAUAUCAUAAUGUAAACAUAAUGUUCAUUGUUUAAGUAAGAACCUACUGCUACCAAAGUAGUGUAUAUUGUAUGUUUUAUUAUAAGCGCUUUCGUUGCAAGAAGUUGUUCACGUAUUGCAAAUCAAUUUAUAUUAAAAAAAGCAUCAACAAAUAGCUGACUUGUCAUUUGAUUCAAUUGUCCCCCAGUGUUGCUGUACAAGUACAGCACGGAUUAAGACGGUGUAUAUGUGUGAACAAUUGCUUGUGGAAAAUGAGCAGCUGGGGUGAUAUGCACAGUAUAACACUUGAUAUCUCAUCAAUGUCCCCUAAAGAAACAACGCGUGCCGCCAUUAUCCUGUCAAACACUACAACGGAAAAUGCGUCAUCGGAAGGUUCAGGUUUCAACUUCGCUGUUUUUACGAUAGUGGGGGUAGUGGUUGUGAUGGUGGGACUGUGUUUGAAAUGCUGUGAGUGGUUCAGGCGCUACACGCGGGGCAACGAUAAGGACGGCAUGGACCAGUAUGCGGUCAUAGUCUCCGACGGCGACGACGAUUAUUUGCAAAUCGACAUGCUCUCUGAAUCAGCGUCCUCUCAAUACGACACAGUAUCCUCGUUCAAUUCAUUUCAAAAACGUAACAAUAAUAAUACCAGCAAUAAAUAUCAACCUCAAUACCGCUCUUCGAACGUGGAAAAUAAAUCUCGGUUAACGGACACCCAUCGACACUGGCUGCUCUCGCGGCUCGGGUUUUCGCGGGAGUCCGGACGUCUGCGGGGCGACACUUUCAACAACGACAGCGAGUCUAGCUUCUCCGUUUCUUCUGUCCGGAUGUUAAACAAUGACACCCCCAGCCGUCUACCGUCCACAUCAAGUGUCGAAACGGAAACAGAUCGAUUCAAUACAUCCGACUCCUCAAUUUUACGACACAAUAACAAACAGCGCGUGUCGUUUAUUGAGGACAAAGCUCGUUCACCGAAAAAUUGGGCUUCUGUCCAUAGGCCUUCAGAUGUCUUGAAAAAGGUACUGAUUUCUAAACUUGAACUAAAUGCAGGUGUGCAUCGUCCUGAUACCUGUCAAACUGACGUGACAGCUAUGAGGCACUUGAGAGGUUCUGUAAUUCGGCCUAAACUAGAUAUGGUUUCUAUAGCGACGCAAACUAAUAAGGCAUUCCGAUAUUCUCUUAUUAAACGAAACCGACGUCACUUCAGUGAAAGCGUUGUGGAAGGCCAUUUUGACAGGACGUUCUCUUCCAUAGGUGUCCCAAGCGACCAAAUGGUAGAGGGUGUGAAAAAAGAACUGAUAGCAAGUGCAUGUAUAUGUGAUAAUCGUUUUUAUGUGCAUGAAUCUCGGCCAUUCCAAGAUGAAGAGAAACUAACUCGAUCAAACGGUUAUGAUGUCUGUAAUAAAACAAAUGUCUUCCCGUUGGAACCAAGGGUAAAAAUUUCAAAUGGAGAUUACCACAUCGAUAAAGAUAUCAAUGACAUAGAAAUGGCAGAUGAUGUUUUUAUAACAGAGCCACUACCAGAUGGGGACUGUAGUUUAAUUCUUGCCAGAUGUGACGGCAAUGAAAAGGCAAAUGAACACAUUGAAACAUGUGUUCGUACCACAACAACAGAGUGUACUGCGGAAAACUGCGUGCGCUGUAACGGAAGGCAUCAUGUUGAUUGUUCUAAAAUUGAGGUUGUUACCAAAAUGCCGAAGUCGUUAAGUGAUCCUGUUGAUUUAAAACAAUCUUGCUUCGAAAGAUUGAGUGCAGAGUUUGACACCAAACUGAGUGAGUUAACGAAAAACGAUGAAAAUACUUCAUUGUAUGAUAUAAAAGAGAUUGUGGAAGAAUGUUAUAUCAAAGAUGGUCAUCAACGCGCGGAUGAUUGUAUAUAUGAUACACACUACCGGGAAACGGACGCACGCGCAUGUCCUUGUCACAAGCACAUAUGCAGACAUUGUACGAAUUCGUUCAGCAUUAACGUUGCGUCUGAACGGAUGCGACACAACUCUGGGCGGAGUGAUGCAAUCAGCGUCAGCCUUACCUCCCUUGAAUCUAGUGGCUAUGCCGGGGAAAUGUCGUCUGAACAGUCCGAAUAAAUACCAAACGUGCUUUUAAUUGUCGUACAUUUUAUUGUUUGUCGUUUUGUUAAUUGCUAUACAUAUACAUUACAACACUGAAAUUAAAAUGACAUAUUAUAUUGUAUGAAUAUGAACGCAACAAAUAUGUUUACAUUACUAACUGUCGUUGAUUAAAUGAUGAUAAUGCA